UCCGCCAUGUAUCGGAAGGAUAAGAGUAUCCAGAUGAAGAGCAGCGCCUCGGCGCUCUACAACAAUCUCAGCGUCUUACCGAUCAGCGACAAGAGCCUCACCUACUUCACCGUCGUCCACGGCAACACCGUCAACAUGGUGAGCGCCUCCGCCGACGGGCUCAACUUCUCCCACCGCCAGCUGCAGUCCAAAGAGGGGAGUGUGGCCCUAAGCUCCUCCCUCAUCACACAGGCCUGCUGGUGUGUCCUGCCGUCCCGUGUUCUGCUGGUACUGACCUCCCAGAAGGGCAUUCAGAUGUACGAGUCUGAUGGAUCCAUCAUGGUGUACUGGCACGCACUGGACGCUCUGGAAACUCCGCAGGCUCAGGCGGUGUUUGCCCGCGGUAUCGCUCCGGCUGGAGGACAGUACAUCUGUGUCGGAACCUCCUCCGGUCUGGUCCUGGUCUUUGACGUUCCAUCCAAAGGCACCAACAUCACGCUGGCGGAAGUCCUGGCUGAGCACAGAGACUCCAUCACGGACAUCGCCAGUGAGACGUGUGGGGGAGGGCAGGACAGAGCGGCCGACCUGGUGACAGCCGACGACUCCGGCCUGCUGUGUGUCUGGAAGAGCGGAGAGGACUUCCGAUUGGUCAGCAAGAUCUCUGCGUACGGGGUGACGUGUUCCUCAGUGAAGCUGUGGGAUGGAGUCAUUGCAGCCGCCUAUGGAACGGGUCAGAUUCGGGUGUAUGAUGCCGCAACCGGCACUGUAUGUGCAGAGCUGGAUGCCCACGCCCGAUGGAUCUACACUUUGGAUGUGGCACCUGAGACUGGCAGACUUCUCUCCGGAGCCGAGGAUUCCUUCGUCCAGAUCUGGCAGUUGAAUCGCUGUGCGGAGUCCGGCUCUAUCGAGGUGGAGCAUCGCCAUUCGGAAUGUGUGACGGACACUCAGAUUUGUGGAGCGCGCUUCUGCGAUCCUCAGGGGUCGUCCUUCGCCGUGACGGGAUACGAUCUGAGCGAGAUCAUUCGCUAUGUGCAGAUAUAGGACGUCUUGUAGCAUUAGGUGUACACUGAUGGGUGGAGCUAUGACCGAAGACUCCGCCUACACUCCCCGCUCUUCCCUGUGCAUAUAGAAGUUCUACCUGUACACCUUUUCAUCCAUCAAAAACAUCUGGCAAUGCAGCGUCCGUUGUGUGGUUGGAGGGUCUGAUAAAGGGACUGACGACACCCCCGAGGACCGGCCGUAGGAAACGAGGGAUGAAGAUUGGACACAAUGUUGACCCCUUUUCUCCUGUGCAGCCCUGUAGGAGGAACCACAACUGUUCAGACAGUCUUCUGACUCGCACCGCACAGCCAAUGAGGUCCCUUCCCCUUGGAACGGUGGGGAUUAUGUGUUUUUAUUGGUCAGUGAGCAGGCUGGAGACAAAGCAGUGACACUGGGGAGCUCCACAGCUGACCCAGGCCUGGUCUGCACAGUGUGACAAAUCUGAGUGAAUCAUAAAACUGGCUGAACAGAG